CGCGAGUGGGUGCCAGGUGCCAGUGGACUAUCGCAGCCUACUACAAUCUGUUCCGGCUACGUGCAUAAUGGGCCAGUAACUAGAUCCACCAGUAAACCAAAGCACGCCAACCGAUCGCCCGAAGGGGCUCUUUCGCGAUCACGCUCCAAAACACGCUCUGAUGGUGGGCUGGUGGGCUUGAUCCGUCUUACGAUCCGGAUCGUGGUAAGAUCGCGAUCAUUCGGCGAGGAGCCUUCGGUGUGACUGGAUGUGCGCAGGAUUAGAGAGGAGGCCCACGGUGUAGCCGGUUUCGUUUUGUUUUGCGCGAAAGGGUGUGAAAAAUUACGAGUGUGUCCCAGGUCUGCAUGGCAACUUACUAUUUGCUGGCACCACACGAGUGAAACGAGUGAAACUGGUGGGACGCAACCAGGAGAGAAGUGGACGGUGAAUUGACGGUCGGUUUAACGAGAAAAGGCAAUAACUCAUCGCCGGACCCCGCUCUGUAGUUAGAAUCGCCAGAAGAUGGUCAUUUCGAAGAUAUGUUGCAUCGGGGCCGGCUACGUCGGUGGGCCAACCUGCAGCGUGAUGGCGUUGAAGUGUCCGGACAUCAAAAUAACGGUCGUCGAUCGCAGCACCGAACGGAUAGCCCAGUGGAACUCGGACAAACUGCCCAUCUACGAGCCCGGCCUGGACGAGGUGGUGCGCCAGUGCCGCAACCGAAAUCUCUUCUUCUCCACCGACGUCGAGACGGCGAUCCGGGAAGCGGAGCUGAUCUUCAUCUCCGUCAACACGCCAACGAAAACGUACGGCAAUGGGCGGGGCCGUGCGGCCGACUUGAAGUUUGUCGAAGGGUGCGCCCGGAUGAUCGCCGAAAUGUCGCAGAACAGUAAAAUCGUCGUGGAAAAGAGUACGGUGCCGGUGCGGGCCGCCGAAAGCAUCAUGCACAUCCUGAAGGCGAACCACAAACCGGGCGUCAAGUACGACAUCCUGUCGAACCCGGAGUUUCUGGCCGAGGGCACGGCCGUGGAGGACCUGCUCAAGCCGGACCGUGUGCUGAUCGGGGGCGAGCAGUCGGCCGAGGGCCAGGCAGCGAUCGAGAAGCUGUGCUGGGUGUACGAACACUGGAUACCGAAGAAGAACAUCAUCACGACCAACACUUGGAGCUCGGAGCUGUCGAAGCUGGCCGCGAACGCGUUCCUCGCGCAGCGCAUCUCCUCCAUCAACUCACUGUCGGCCGUCUGCGAAGCGACGGGUGCGGACGUGUCGGAAGUGGCCCGUGCCGUCGGGCUCGAUUCGCGGAUCGGGCCCAAGUUUCUGCAGGCAUCGGUCGGCUUCGGUGGCAGCUGCUUCCAGAAGGACAUCCUGAACCUGGUGUACAUCUGCGAGGGCCUCAACUUGCCGGAGGUGGCCGCGUACUGGCAGCAGGUGAUCGACAUGAACGACUACCAGAAGACGCGCUUCUCGCAGAAGAUCAUCGAGUGUCUGUUCAACACCGUCACCGAUAAGCGCAUCUCGAUCCUCGGGUUCGCGUUCAAGAAGAACACGGGCGACACGCGCGAAACGCCGGCCAUCGCCGUCUGUCGGACGCUGCUGGACGAGGGCGCCCAGCUGAACGUGUACGACCCGAAGGUGGAACCGGAGCAGAUCCUGGCCGAUCUGACGCACCCGGCCGUGACCGACAGUCCGGAGCACGUGAAGCGUGCCGUGCAGAUCUUUGCCGAUCCGUACGAUGCGGUGCGCGGCACGCACGCCCUCGUCGUCUGCACCGAGUGGGAUGAGUUUGUCAGUCUGAACUAUGAGCGUAUCUACGCGUCGAUGAUGAAACCGGCGUACAUCUUCGACGGCCGCAAGAUACUGCCGCACGAGAAGCUGCAACAGAUCGGGUUCCACGUGCAAACGAUCGGCAAGCGGUUGUCGCCGCAGCAGCUGGCCAACGGGACUGCCGGCCACGCGGCGGCGGCGGCGGCCGCUCCUUCUCUCACGAACGGACACUGCGCGGGUGGGGGAGACGUGGCGCAGGCCUAGUAGCUUUGCUGCCUCGUAGAUAGUACCGCUAGUGACAUCGCUUCGCCAGUAGAUUAUUACAUUAACCGCGCCCACAGCGACGACAGCGACGACAACGAUGAUGAUGACGACGACGAAGAUGAUGACAGUCGCCUUCCGGGUGCGGGACAGAGGAAACUGUUUCCUUUCGGAGCCACCUUCGGUCAGCGGUUGCUGUCGAACGAAGCCGCUGCCGGCUGGUGGCAAUGCUUUAUGCGCCUGGAUUGCACCGGAACUUUGAAGCCCUUCGAACAACAACAACAACAAGCACAACAGCCGCAAACCUCUCCCAGGCACCGGUUACAGCUGUACCAACGGCCGUACGACGGAGCACCGCCACCGCCACCGCCGGAACCGCAUCGGUGCCAGAUUGGGUGUCGCUUUGUGCGCAACGUACGCCACGCGAACUCCGGGACGCCCAAAAGUCCCGCCGGAAGCGAUGGCACCGGUGAUGACGGUGAUCACUUAACGAUACCACCGGAAGAUCGAAAGUAUUACUACUGACAUCGAGCCCUUCCAUCGACUUUCCCUUCCCCAAACAAACAUCACGCCCUCCCACAUCACAGAACAUCGGACGAUCGCGAUCCUUCAGACUAUCCCGAACCGACACCGACUGCUGCAUUGAACGGACGCUUCUAUCUCUCGCUAACCUUCCCUCCCUCUCUCUGCACCUUAUCUAUAUACUCGCUAGUUAUGUAGUCCUCUAGAUCGUAACAAUUCGCCAGUAGGGUGGCUUUAUCGAGCGCUAUAGGAUGGUAAGCGAAGCGUGGAUGUGUAAAGGAAAGGAUGUAUAAUUAUCCUUGCCAUCCUCUCAUAGGCCAGCUUUUGGCGGUAGUAUUUCUUGCAUUUUGUUGUGUCCGAACGAACGCGUCCACCAAAGGGCACUUAUUUAGUAUUUUGUUUCUAUACGCGAUUAAGAAAUAGCGCACGCGUGCGUUGAGACGAGCAUCGUAGCUUCCCACAGCCACGAAAGGUUGUUGAUUGCUUGCAAUGUAACAAUUGGCGUAGUUUGUAAGACGAGUGUACUUUAUCCAAACCCCUCGGUAGUGGCGCGGAACAAGCAGCGUUCCUUUUUUAUAUCCACGAAAACCAUUGCCCGACUCAUUGAUGCAUGCGAUAAGACAGACAGCGUGAUGAGCAAGUGAUUAUAGCAGGAGAAAUAUAUUUGUGUGCAAAAACACGGAAACUCUCAAGCGCGACAGUGAUUCUAUGCUGGACACCGACAGAGUGAACACCCCUCGAAACAUUCGAUCCUCAUCGUAGUGUGAU